AUGAAUCCACUAGCUCUUAAACACUCAGUUACGAUCAACCAUUCUAGGAGAAGACCAGCAUCCGAAGCAUGCGAAUCUACGCAAGCCAUUGUCCAUUUCAACCAUUCCUCUUCUCCGUAUCAUUUCCUAGAGCUAGCCAUUGAUGGGGCUAAAAGAACUUGGGAUCGUCGAGAAGAGGGGCAGCAGUUAACGGUCUUGGCCGUUGUUUGCCCUAUCACAUCACGUGUUGGUGUGGCACUGCGCAGAACAAGUGUAUCCCGGAUAUCGGUUUGGGAUUCAGAUGUUUAUUCUCAGCUCUGUGGUGCUAAAUCUCACUUUUCUACUCUAUUGAACAGGAGGGAAGCUAUGUUGAGGGAGAAGGCAAGGGUCAAAUGGUUAUCUGAUGGUGACAGAAAUUCGAGAUUCGCCGGGAGGAGAGCCGGUAUUCUUGGUAAGGAUAGUCAUGGGUCAAGGGCUUUCCCUCCAACUUUCAACAGGAAGCUAUCUACUGAACAAAGAACUGAGCUGGAUAGAAGGAUCACAGCAUAG